AAGACUAGUAUAAAAUCACUCAUCCAUGAAGAAUCAUCAUCACAUUUGUUGUUGUGUGUUUACGUUAAGAUGAUCAGCAAGAAGUAUUUGGUUUGUGCAGUAGUACUUGCUGCGUUGGCUCUUGCCAAUUGCGAGACCGAAGAGGAGAAGGCCAGGAAGGGACCAAAGGUCACCGACAAGGUAUGGUUCGACAUCAACAUCGGCGAUGAUCACUUGGGAAGGAUCGAGAUCGGACUGUUCGGAAAGACCGUACCGAAGACGGUGAAGAACUUCGCCGAGUUGGCGAAGAAGCCGGUCGGCGAGGGCUUCAAGGGCAGCAAAUUCCACAGGGUAAUCCGCGACUUCAUGAUCCAAGGUGGUGACUUCACCAGGGGCGACGGUACCGGCGGUCGCAGCAUCUACGGCGAGAGGUUCGAAGAUGAAAACUUCAAGCUGAAGCACUACGGCGCCGGAUGGUUGUCGAUGGCCAACGCCGGCAAAGACACCAACGGAUCCCAGUUCUUCAUCACCACCAAGAUCACCUCUUGGUUGGACGGAAGGCACGUCGUCUUCGGCAAGAUCAUCAAGGGUAUGCGCGUCGUUAGGCAGAUCGAGGGGACACAAACCGACAACAGGGAUCGUCCAGUCAAGGAUAUUAUUAUCGUAGAUUGCGGAGCUGAGACCGUCGAGGAACCUUUCGGAGUUGCCAAAGAGGACGCGAGGGAUAUUUAGAUAUUCUCCACACUGAAGGCUGUUCAUUUAAUUGUAAUUUAAAGCAUUUGUAACUAAUUGUAUUCAUUUUUAUGAAAUAAAAUACUUUUUUUUUCUAAGA